AUGGCAUUAAAAGGAAUAAAAGUUAUAGAAAUGUUAGGACUAGCACCAGGCCCUUUUUGUGGAUCAAUAUUAUCAGAUUUUGGAGCAACUGUUACUGUUAUUCAUAGGAUAGGCCCUUCAGGUUUGGAUGUAAUGUCUAAUGGAAAAAGAAACAUUUCCUUAGAUUUGAAAAGCAAGGAGGGUAUACGAAUAUUAAAAAAGCUUUGUGGCACGUCUGAUGUUUUAAUUGAUACUUACAGGCCAGGGGUCUUAGAAAAGCUGGGACUUGGACCUGACAUUCUUUUAAAAGAAAAUGAUAGAUUGAUAUUUGCACGAUUAACAGGAUAUGGCCAACAUGGUUACUAUAGAAAUAAGGCUGGACAUGAUAUAAAUUAUGUUGCCAUGUCUGGCAUACUUGCAAUGCUUUCUAAAAAUAAUGAACCUCCACAACCUCCGCUUAACAUUAUUGCUGACUUUGCUGGUGGAAGUGUUUUAUGUGCCUUUGGAAUUUUAUUAGCAUUAUUGGAGAGAACUAAAUCUGGAAAAGGGCAAAUAGUUGAUGCAAGUAUGACUGAAGGGGCUGCAUAUGUCGCAAGUUGGUUAUUUAAAUCAAGAGAACUAUCAAUUUGGAAUGGAGAACCUGGUAGUAAUAUCUUAGAUGGUGGUGUACCUUAUUAUGCAACAUACAAAACAAAAGAUGGUAAAUUCAUGGCGGUAGGUGCAUUAGAGCCCCAAUUUUAUCGAAAUUUUUUAAAAGGAUUAAAUCUCUCUGAGGAUAUCUACGCUCAAGGUGAAAUAGAACUCUGUAAGACAAAAUUUACAGAAGUCUUUCAAACAAAAACACAAGAUGAAUGGUGUACAAUUUUCAAAGAUUUAGAUGCAUGUGUAACUCCAGUUUUGGAUACAAGAAUGGCAUAUAAACAUGAAUGUAAUUCAUCAAGGAAAUCUUUUUAUAUAAACAAUGAAAAUUUUAUUGUGCCAGAACCUGCACCAAAAUUGUCCAACACACCUGGAAUAGCAAGUGGCAAACAAAUAAAACCUGAAGGAGGACAACACACUGUUGAAGUUUUACAAGAAUUAGGAUACACUAGUCAAGAAAUUCAAGAAUUUAUUGAAAGUAACUGUAUAUAUGUACAUAAAAAGUCUAAAUUA